GAUUAUUACAACAGACAUUAAUGUACAAUUUAAUUGCAAAAAAUACCCGAUUUGUAACAGACAAAUAAGGGCGUUUUUCGCAAUAUAACUGAAUAAAACUUCAGAAAUUAUUUGUAUUAUAAAUAAGUGAGUGUUGUAUAAAAGUUUGAGACAUAAAGCUAAGAUCCAGACGUUUAAACAAACCGUGUCACUACACUAGCCUUCAUAAACCCGGCUGACAGCAGCGCGCGCUCCUCCUCUGUCACGUGUGCACAGCUGCGUGACGCGCAGCGGCCAUUUUGAGUCGUUUGUUCAGCGAGGGGCGCUUGUUAUUUUCCAGACGAACGCAGAUCAAAGGCCGAAACAGUCGAAAGAAUCGCUCGAAAGACAUUUCACCCUUUCCUUCCAUCAUUAUGGGUCCACCGCGCUGCAGAUCCCGCCGUCUGUUACUUGAGAGAACGGAGGACUUCGGUCGGUUUGUCAGUUUAUCUUGACAUGGCUUAUACGGGUGUGUGACGACUGUGGAAAAGCUCGAAAACAAACGGGAGACCAUUAAGCUAAACCUCCGCCGUCGAUCGAUCCAUCCGGGGCGGGUUUUUGCACUGAGCUCGGUGUAUUAAGACGUGUUAGGAUUGCUUCGCAGUACUUGCUCCGAUCGCAACGGGCUUGGAAGACAACUCGAGAAAAUGACGAGAAACAAUAGUUAGCCAGCCACGCAUCGAAGCCAGUCUCUGCUAGCAUCGCGAUAACAAACAGAAAACAGGCAAAAACAAAAUGUAACAGUCGGUUUAUUGAUGAAUACUAGCUUUGAAUGCUCUCGUAGAUUUCAUACUGGAUAAAAAAAGAGAUGUAGCUCCCUUCAACCAGGUUAUUAGUCGGUGGCGUGUGUGUGUAUUCAGCGUAGCUAGCAUUAGUUUGCUAGCCAGCCACAAAAUAAAAGCCUCACAAUGAAACUCAACCGUGGCAGGAGAGCUAGUGGGCCCAUUUUAUGCCCUUAAAUCACAAGAUGUCCAGCAAACUCUGUGUUCUUACUCAGUGCCAAGAUCUCAUGGCAUCUGCAUUUCUCUGCCAUGGUUGUCUUUCUCACCUGUCAUUCAGAUGUGCUUUUAUGAGACCGUAUAUUCAAAGACAUGGAUACAAGCAAGAGUCAAUCUCGGAAGAGUCUUUCCAAAGUCAAAUCUCUUGGUCAGCUUUUUAGAUAACUUUAAACCAGAUUUAUUUAUCUAAAGACAGGGAUCUCUCCCUUCACACACAAGGACACAAACACAACAUUGUCGGAAUGGGCUUUCAGUGUAGCAGACAUUUGUGUUUUCUGUCCUUUAUUCAGUGAUGCAACGCAGUUUCUCGUAUAAAAAUAAUACUAAUUGAUCGGGUCGUGUUAUAUGAGUUUGUUCUUUUAGUUUACACGUAGCCUUGGCUUGUUUGUUUUAAAAAUGGUGUAACGCAUCAAAACUUAGACAAGUGCAAAUUUACUUGGCCCAAGUGCACUACCCAUAUUGAUUAAAAAUGACUUGAUUUGAUUUAGCUCACUUUGUUCUUUCAUUAAAAUUAGUAUGUACUGCAGGUAGUGCUUGGUUAUAGCUUUAGUUUUUAAAAGGGUUUGUAAACCACAUAGUCUACAGUCAAGGAACUAAAAAGCGAAGGAGAGAAAAAAAAAAGUCUGCUUAAGGAAAAUAGUACUGUCCGUAACAAUGGGAGACCCAAAUUCUCGCCGGAAUCAAACAAGAAACCGACUCCGCGCCCAGCUACGGAAGAAACGAGAAUCUCUGGCUGAUCAGUUCGACUUCAAGAUCUACAUUGCCUUUGUAUUUAAGGAAAAGAAAAAGAAGUCUGCACUCUUCGAAGUAGCUGAGGUGGUACCUGUGAUGACCAACAACUAUGAGGAAAAUAUCCUUAAAGGCGUGAAGGAUUCGAGCUACUCCUUAGAGAGUUCUUUAGAGCUUCUCCAGAAAGAUGUGGUGCAGUUACACGCGCCUCGUUACCAGUCGAUGCGUAGAGAUGUGAUCGGUUGUACCCAGGAGAUGGACUUUAUCCUUUGGCCCCGCAAUGAUAUUGAGAAGAUUGUCUGUCUCCUAUUCUCCAGAUGGAAAGGGGCUGAACAUGAACCAUUCAGGCCUGUUCAGGCCAAAUUCGAGUUUCAUCAUGGAGACUAUGAAAAGCAGUUUUUGCAUGCUGUUGGUCGGAAGGACAAGGCUGGGAUGGUUAUGAACAACCCCAAUCAGUCUGUCUUUCUGUUCGUGGACAGACAGCACUUACAGACUCCAAAAACCAAGCUCACAGUUUUCAAGUUGUGCAGCCUCUGUCUCUACCUGCCACAGGAUCAGCUCACCUGUUGGGGGGUUGGAGACAUCGAGGACCACCUCCGUCCAUACAUGCCUGACUAGGAGAAACGCACGGAAGACACCCCUCGAGGCCUCGAAGCAAGUUGUCCUUAUCUAUACAUCCCUCAGUCGAAUAGAUAUGAACUUGUGCUUGGAACUCUCCUUUUUGUUAACCACUCAUUUUCAUCGUGAGAUUUAAGUUAGCUCCUUUUUUUUGUUGUUUUAAAUCCCUCCCUCAACCAGUCUUGGUUUGGCUCACCCCAUCUCCCCUCUCUUUGAUCAGUUUUUAUUUAAACCUGCAUGAACAUUGAUUUUGAGUGGUUGUUCUCUUGGAGCUGCACCGUCAACAAUACCAGUCACCGAAGGAACUCUUUACGUUAAGGGAACAAAACGAAACAAAAAAAAAAUGAAACCAAUGACAGGUCUCUCACAUGUGGUCCUCGUGUGUUGGACUGACUUUAACAUCACUGUUAUGAGGGAUAGUUAUAUUGUUAUAUAGUCUGUUAUAUUGAGUAGGGAUUUCAUGAGCAAUGACAAUCGGUGACAGGACAAAAGAGCCUGGGUAGUCUUCCUCAAAAGGCCUCUAUUACAAGGUGAACACUACUUGUUAACUCAUUUGGUGUAGGCAUUGCUUCUCAUUCAGUUACUGCCUUAGUUUUUGCUGGACAUUUUAAUUUGAGUGUCAUUCCUUGCCUAUAAUAUGACAAAUCUUGUUUGCUUUAUCAUUUCUGGAGGAGUGGUGCCUGAUGGGGACAGAGGUGCAGUGUGUGAUGUGUAUCUAAGAUGGUUGACAUAAACCGUCUGUUGGAGGAAUUCUGAUGCUGUUUUUUGCUUGGGAUGGUAAUUGUCACCAGUUGAGCAACUCAUGCACUAUAUAUACAUACGAGCUACUGAUACCAGAUGUGAUCAUUUGUGGUGGGUUUGUGAUGAGAGACUGAUGUUCAAGCUAAUGUACCUAGUGAGAAAUUUCGUAGAGAAACUUGAAAUGGAUCAUUAUGGAUUUGUUUUUCUUUUAUAGACCACCCUGUUCUAAGAGUACUAAAUAUUGCAGUGCUUGGGACUUGGUAUCCGUAAGCCAUCUUUGUCCGUUCUUAUGGCAUAAAAUCAUUACUUCCCCCUUUUGAAAUUCUGAGUUCACGUCGAAGGGGAAGGUGGGUCUUUGUCUUUAUUUUGUUGUACCCAUUGUUUGAAUAAUUCUGUUGAAAUAAACACUGCUGAACAUAUCCUAA